AUGGAUUCUGCUAUGGUUAUUUUUAUGAUAAUAAUAUUACAGAAUGUUUUAGAUUGCAACGGAAUCAGCAUUAGAGAUCAACUACUGCAGCUUUUGAGAAGCAGAAGAGAACAAGAGUUUCCAGAAGAUUCACAAAUCUAUGUAAGAAGUCAAGCCAGCCCAGAAGAUACUCAGGAACCUUAUAUCGAUAAGGUCUCUAGUCAACCAGCUUCACAAGAACGAGAUGAAGAUUUAUCUCGUCCUGUUGAAGAUGUAAUGGAUGACCCACCUGAUUAUAUUGCAUAUGAUAAACCUGUAGCACGGGUGAUAAAAGACUACUACAAAAUAGAACAAGAUAAUAAAAAUAAAAAAGCCAUUAUAGAUGCUAAAAUUGCCAAAGAACGGGGAUUGCUUAAUUUCCCUGAUCCAAACUACCCCCAAGAAGAUGGAGGUGCACAAAUGCCAACGCAACCAGUUGAGGACAUACCUAAUGAGGACCCUAGCAUGAUGAACAUGUUGGAUCACGCAAAACCAACAAGAUCACACGUGUAUGACAGAAUGCAGCAACAACCGCAGUUGUGGAAGGCCCAACAAAAUCCGACGUAUUCGCAGACACAGAAACCAGCACAACCACAGGCAUUGAAAUAUAGGGAUGUUAUUGAUAUUGAUGACGUAAGAACUAAAGAUAAGCCACAAAAUCCACAACAACUAAAUGCGCAAAACACACGUAACUGGGACCCAGUUAAGUCUUUUGCGUUAUUUAUAGUAUCUUGGACCGGAUCGUCCAACAAUUGGAGAGGAGUUUGUUAGAUCGGAUCGCCCUGAAAAAAAAACUAUGGCCUUCCAGCAGUCGGUAAACACAGAGCCACAGGUUUCUGCCCAGAAAUAUUAUAAGCCACCAUUGGACUUGCAGAAAAUUCAAAUGCUGGAACAAUCACCGCAGUUCGAGGAGUAUCAAAAACGGAAAUUGCUGGAAGCACAACAAUUUAUACAGGAAUAUCAAAAGAUGCAGGAGGCCAAAAAACAAGCACAACAGACAUAUCAAAAACCAACAAUGCCACCGCCACCAAGACCAAAGCCAAAACCCGUGCAAACUUAUCAAGAUAAAUACAAUAUAAAGAUCCGUCAGGAACUUCAAGAUCAAAUAUUGAGUGGACUUAAUCCUACUGAGUACAGUGACAUCCCUCGAGGUAUAAAAACAUACGCCAGAAGAAAGCGAUUCGAAGUUUUUCAAAUUCUGUAG